AUGGGGCGGUCGUCGUCCCAUGGCCCCUAUGGUGGUAUCGAUGGGUACGCUAGGCCCAUCAAGUUCCGCGUCCGCCACGGAUGGAGGAAUGGUGUCUCCUUGGCCGAGGCUUUGGGCGGCGUGAAACUCGACGACGCUCGUGACUACACCUUCGAUGAUCUAAACGUGGAUGGUUCAGGACGGAUGCUUUUGAGAGUCAGAUGGGCUGGCUAUCGUUCGUUGACCUACGAAAUUCCGGUCAGUGGGUUCGACGGGCGUGUGCACCUGCAAAGUCUCGCUCGCCGCAUCGCACGAUCAGUGGAGCACUUCCUCACGUCUAACUACAUCUCGAUCGCCUUUGACCGUGUCAUUCUUCACCGGCUUGAGGAGACCUCGUACGGUACUUGGACUCCUAUAUUAACGACAUCCUGA